AUGGAGCAUUAUUGCUGGAAGUGGAUAAGGGUGUGUUACGGAUUUGGUGAUGAUGGAAGAGGAGCUAUGGCUAUGAUGGGAACUCUGAUGCAGCAAACUUGCCUUUCUAAUCUCCAUUUAAGUCAGACGUUCUUGCAUGUCCUGGUAUGUUGGUACAAGUUAGGGUUUGAUUUGGGAUGGAUUGGGAUGCAAAGAAUGGAUGUUAGAACUCAAAAUUCGUGUUCUGCACUGUCAGGUCAGGGAAGUGGCAGUGAAAGUGGCGGUGGAAGUGCAGGUCAGGGAAGGAGAAGUGGCCAUGGACGUGGUGGUGAUGCUGGACGUCAGGGAAGUGGCAGUGAAAGUGGCGGUGGAAGUGCAGGUCACGGAAGGAGAAGUGGCCAUGGACGUGGUGGUGAUGCUGGACGUCAGGGAAGUGGCAGUGAAAGUGGCGGUGGAAGUGCAGGUCAUGAAAGGAGAAGUGGCCAUGGACGUGGUGCUGAUGCUGGACGUGGGGCAGCUUAUUAG